CCCUCAUUAAAAACAACUCCUCUAUAAAUUUUCCACUUAGCAAAUGUGAAUAAGGGUAAAUUGAAUACUAGUGAUUAACUCAUUUAUAGAUAAAACAUUCAUCUUUGUAGGUAUACAUUAACUCAAUGAGGAUUUCUUCAAUUGUCUACACAUACAGACACUACUCUGUACACAACGACACUAGUUGUCGGUACACACCGACACUGAGUAUGUAAGUUGUCUGUGUGUCAAAGAAAAUACCUCCAACAUCAGCAUUCGUCUUCUCCCUGCUAUUCUCUUCCCUAUCGCAGCUGUAAUCAUCCCAACCGUCAAGUAUCGGAAGUUCGUUGACGCCUUGUGUCACAGGUCCGCCACCCGUCCCAUCUAAGUCUUCGUCCCUAGGGUUGUUCGGACCACCAUCUUCCUCGUUCACAGCUCCACCAUUUCUGACCUCCGUCGCAGCUCCAUCUUCCUCGUUCACAGCUCCACCAUUUCCGUCCUCCGUCGCAGCUCCAUCUUCCUCGUUCACAGCGACGUUCAGAGCUUCUGCAUUUCUUCCAUUUGUGUUGUCCAUCGUCUGUCUCAGGUAGGUAUCUUCCAAACCUCCACUGUUUCCGGUCACUUCUCCAUCCACCAUCAAAUAUGCUAGAAAAUCAUCCAUGAGAUUUGAAAAAAACGGAGAGAAUCACGGGAAGAAGAGAACGAACAGAGAGACAUGUGGGAGAGAAAGAAAGGUGUGUGAGGAUUGGGGAUGGGAGUCUUGUGCGAGAGAGGGUAAAGAAAGCAGUAAAAAAUAAGCCUUAUAUAUGGUGUACCCCAGGGUGUAACCCAGGGUGUACGCCAAGACUUUUUGCAAAUAAAAAUAAUUGUAUAAACUGUUCGUGUGCGAACCGGUUGUACAAUACCAAAAACCAACUUUGUUUUAAUUUUGGCCCACAAUCAACUGUAAACCAAGCCUUGGACUGCUGCCUGCUCCGUCUUCUCCGGCAGAGCUCACCCGCUAUCUUCUGAAAUUUUCAAUAUGAACUUAUUACUGGUAUUCAUCUCCUCCAUUUCUUAUUUCUCUUUCCUUUCACAAGUUUUACACUCGGAGACCUUUUCAUUUGCGAUAAUGAUAUAUAGGAGAAGGUAAAGAUGCCGAAGAAGGACGCGGAGGGUACCAGUCCUUCGCCGCCGGAAACUCAGGUGUUUUGGAUUGAGACUUCGAAUUCCGUGUCUCGCCGCUUCCAGUUCGAAGCUGAUGGUCAGCUAUCUGUAAAUAUUGUUGAUGAUUCUAGAUCUAUUGGGCAGAAAGUGGUUGAAACUUUUGUGAACAAAUUUUUCCCCUCAGGAUAUCCAUAUAGUGUGAAUGAGGGUUAUCUCAGAUACACACAGUUCCGAGCAUUACAACACUUCUCCAGUGCAGCUUUAUCUGUUCUGUCAACUCAGUCCUUACUAUUUGCUGCAGGCUUAAGAGCUACACCUGCACAAGCAACUGCCGUGAGUUGGAUUCUCAAAGAUGGGAUGCAGCACGUGGGUAAGAUUAUUUGUAGCAACUUAGGUGCAAGGAUGGACUCUGAGCCUAAAAGUUGGCGAGUUUUAGCUGAUGUUCUCUAUGACUUCGGCACUGGGUUAGAAGUUUUGUCUCCUUUAUGUCCUCAGUUGUUUCUUCAGAUGGCCAGCCUUGGAAAUUUUGCAAAGGGAAUGGCUGUUGUUGCAGCAAGAGCAACAAGGUUACCGAUAUAUUCAUCAUUUGCAAAAGAAGGCAACCUUAGUGACCUUUUUGCAAAAGGUGAAGCUAUAUCCACAGUGUUUAAUGUUCUUGGAAUUGGCUUUGGAAUUCAGUUAGCAUCUACCAUUUGUUCAUCAACGCAAGGAAAGAUGGUUAUUGGACCUCUACUAGCUGUCAUACAUAUCAGCUGUGUCACUGAAGAAAUGAAAGCUACACCGGUCAACACAUUGAACCCGCAACGUACUGCACUGAUUGUGAAAAACUUUGUGAAGACAGGAAAAAUAUGUAGCCCAGCUGACUUACGAUAUCAAGAGGAUCUCUUAUUUCCUGGACGGAUAAUAGAGGAUGCUGGAAGCGUUAAGGUGGGAAGAAAUCUGAGUAAAGUUGUUCGGCCUUCACAUUUACGACAACUUAAAGAAGUUUUUCCUGAAGAAAAGUUUUUGCUGUGUCGUGGACCUAGAUCUACGGACAUGAUAUUGGAGCAUAAUGCUACAGGGGAAGACGCUCUGAGGGGAUGGCUGGUUGCUGCAUAUGCUUCAGCAAUGGAAAAACCAUUUCAUAAUUCAAGUGAGAACUGCAUGCAAGAGGCUUAUGAGAAGAUGAACAAUGUUUUCAUUCCAUUUCUAUGUGAGCUGCAGGCAAAAGGGUGGCAUACUGACCAGUUUCUUGAUGGUAGAGGAAGUCGCUUUAGCAUUUAGUGUCAUUCAAUUUCAGGCUUUAAUGAUAUGGGCAUUUCAAUGAGUGUUUUUAAUCCAAAGUCCAUUUCUUUGAUGGCAGCUAAAAAACAUUUGGUUUCAUUCAAAUUCACUGGCUGUGAACAAUGCCUUCUGACCCUAUUUCCUAAAUAGAUUCUUAUAAGUUUCUUCCACAAAAUUGGCUAAGGAGUUCAAUUUUGCCAACUGAGAACUGACUGUAUCACUGUAUGUUGCAAGUUGACUGUGCGUACAUGUUUUCUAUUCCGUGAAUUGCCC